AUGGCCAUCUUCCACGCCCGAGACGGCUUCACCGACACCCAAGAGCAGCAGCGCCACCUGCUGAGACAAUGGCUCAGCGACCCCGAGUACGCGUGGGAGACGCCGGCGCCGCUGAAGGAGAGGUGGGCUCAGCUGUACGAAGGCGUCACGCCCGAGGCUCAAGUCUUUCCGCUCGAGCCCUUCAUCCGCAGCGAAGGGAACAAGAGCAAGGGGCGGUCGUGA